GUAGACAUGUGUCAGAAUACUGCUUAGUUAAAUAGUUUGUUUUUAUUCUUCUAUAUCAAUUUUAUAUUGUGUUUCCUUUAUCAUAACAUGAUAAAACUAAAAAUAACUGCUUUAUUAUUGUAGAAUUAGAAUACACCUUUAUGAGUUUAGUUAAAUGGGUGGUUGCAGAUACAAAAAUAUUAAUUUCAAUUAUUUCAAAUAAAUGUGCAAUAUAAAAUGUCUGUACAAAGAGGUGGUGUUGGAGACUUCCGAUAUUGUUUUUAUUACUGCAAUCACACUGGAUUUGAAAUCUAUGACAUGGAAAUUCCACACAGUAGACCUCGAAAUGGCGUAAACGUAGAAGGUGCAACUCACAAACAAGUGGUGGAUCUCAUCAAGUCCGGAGGAGACUGUUUGACUCUUACUGUUAUUUCUGUUACUCCAAAGGAAGCAGAAAGACUAGAGCCAUGCGACGACGGCUCGGCCCCAGUAGGUGUUAUAGGAGGGGCCGCGAACUCACGCGCUACUGUCUACCAGCGUUACGACUAUACCGAUAAACGAUCCCUACCGGUAUCAAUCCCAGAUUACCGGAUAGUUAUGGAAAGAAACACGGGACGAUCCUAUGUUGCGUUUAACGUACAUAUGGCUGGUAGACACCUGUGUAGUCGACGGUAUCGAGAAUUUGCUGCCCUACAUCAAGUACUGAGGAAGGAGUUUGUUGGCUUUAAUUUCCCAAAGCUACCAGGCAAAUGGCCUUUCACACUGAGUGAACAGCAACUAGAUGGGAGAAGAAGAGGCCUUGAACAGUAUUUAGAAAAAGUGUGUGCAGUCCGAGUGAUAGCUGAAUCGGAUGCGGUACAAGAGUUCCUUACAGAUUCAGAUGAUAGUUCAAAUCCAUCUCCAGUAGACCUGAAGGUGCUCCUACCGGACAGAGAAGUGGUCACCGUGGCUGUCCUCAAGUCGACCAACGCUGAUGAUGUGUACCGAGCUGUAUGUGAUAAGAUCGGACUCUCUAAACAAGUGCAGAAAUAUUUCUACCUGUUUGAGAUAGUCGAGUAUAAUUUUGAGCGUAAACUGCAACCGAACGAAUGUCCACACUCUCUGUAUAUUCAGAACUAUUCUACCGCGUCUUCGUCAUGCCUAUCUCUACGCAAGUGGCUUUUCAACCCUCACACGGAACUGUCCGUCAUUUCCGAGGAUACUAAGGCAGCAGAAUUUAUAUUUUGGCAGGCAGUGGAAGACGUGAAUCGUGGCGUGUGCGUAGCAGGUGCGCGUUUGUACCAACUUAAGGCUCUGCAGGAAGUUCGUCGCGCUUCUGACUAUUUAGCACUGGCGCGUACGCUUCCCGGCUACUCGCAUAUCGCUUUCCCACCCGCGCAUACGGACACGCACGCGGCUCUUGCUUUGACGCUCGGGUGGUCCGGUAUGAAGCUGUCAGCGUUUUUCGAAAGUGGGUCUGUGGAACAAGAAGGUUCGAGUGUAGAAAUAUGCUGGAAUGAGGUUCGAUCCUGGCGCGCUGAUGACGACGCAGCGGCAGCUACUAUUGUCUAUGGACGGAGGAGGCCACUCAUAUUACACACGCCAUACUAUCAAUUUUUGUGCAACUGUAUGGACAGAAUAGCGGAGGAGGCGAAAUGGGUGGACACAGGGGAAUAAGCUUAACUUGCUUCCAGAAACUUAUGUCCAGUAUUUAUUUCUACGGACAUGGGGUCAUCAUAAAUUGAAGGUAUAGAACAAGGAAUUGUAUUAGAUAUUCGACCCUUGGAAUUGUACACAAAACUCAUUUUUUUUAUUAAAUACAUUCCCCUAACAAGAUAUCGUAAUAUUGGCGAAAUAUUAAUCACGAUAAUUUAUAGAAACAGAAAAUAAUUAGUUACUAAAUAUCACGUACUUAUAAUCGCUAAAUAUUUUUUAUUUUAAAUGUACCCUCUUUUAUACGCUGAUUCUUCGUAUUUAGUAUUUGAAUAUUAUAGCAUAUAAACCUAAUAAUUACUAGCGUUUAAGAGAGGGUAUUUCGAAAUACAAUUGUAUGACUACUAUAGUAAACUAUAUACUUAAUUAUGGCUAAGUAUUUACUAUGUAAUUCAAUCAAUAUUAUGACUAAGAUGUCACAAACAGAUCAAUGCGGUGCCAAUGUUCACAAAUACUGCCCAGAAUUAAUAUUCUUACAGAAUCUAGUAAAUACAAUAGUUUCGUUUUUAUAUGAAAUUUAUGUAUGUUAGAAAAAAAUCCCCCACUUCCCAAAAUCAACAUGCAUAACAUUUACCUCGGAAGGUGUACAGCCACUUUUCGUCAUUCGAGCGCCGACUGUCGGCGAAGCCACACGUCCGCUCGUUUUUUGGAUUUAGAGAAAGAUCUCAUCAAAAUUUAUUAGUGUAGUGUCAUUUAAAAAAAAUUUAGUAGUUUAGUGUUUAAUUGUUUAAUCAUUAUUAGUCGUGUCGUCCGCUUGUUUUUAACCGCCUUACAUAUCUCGUUAGUAAUUAAUUUAAGUUAAACUUGAACGAUAUAUGUCAAUUAGCGGAUAACGAAAGGGAAAUAGUUAAUUUUAUUUAUAGCAUAAUUUUGUAUCUUUAUAAUAUAAGAAAUAUCCUAGAUUUCAAAAUCGUGUUUUAAUUGUCUCAGAUGGUUUUGUUAUGGGUAGCUUUAUAGUGAUAGAUAAUUUGUUAUACAGGCUUGGCCAUAUAUAAUUCAGAAAAGUUUAUUAAAAAAGUAUUUUGAUGGUUUUAAAUUUAUCCUUAAAACUAAUUCAGUCUUAUAUUAACUAAAGUACUUAUUCUACUCUUUCUAAUUAUAUAUAUGUCGC